AUGAAAUUGCAGAUCAAAUUAGGAGUUCCUAAGCCUUUGCAACGCAGUUUAGAUCUGGAGAAAGUGAAGUCGUUGAAGAAAUGGGAGAUAUACAAUGUUGAUAGUGGGCAUCGAGGGGAUUGGUGGUGGAAUGGAGAAGUGCAAAGGAAGGUGGAAGCAAAGAAGGUGGCGUAUGCGAAGUUGAUAGAAAGCAAGGAUGAGGUGGAGAAGUUGACGAAUAGGGAACUUUAUAACAUGGCGAGGAAGGAGGCGAAGUUGGCGGUUUCGAUGGCAAAAACGGCAGCUAUUGAACGCCUUUAUGCUGAACUAGAGAAAAAAGGCGGGGAUAAGAAAUUGUUCAAGCUAACCAAGGCGAGGGAGAGGAGGGCACGUGAUGUGGAUCAAAUGAAGUGCAUCAAGGACGAGCAUGGCAAAGUAUUGGUAGAGGAGGCUCACAUUAGACGGAGAUGGCGGUCAUACUUCCACAAACUCUUGAAUGAAGAAGGGGACAGGGACAUUGUGUUGGGAGAUUUAGAACAUAUAGGGAGGCGUCGCGAUUUUGGGUAUUGCAGGAGUAUUAAGGUUGAGGAGGUUAAGGGUGUUGCUCGUAGGAUGCGCAAGGGAAGAACGACCGGACCUGACGAGAUUCCUGGAGAAUUUUCGAAGAUUGCGGGCUCGGCAGGUUUGGAGUGGCUGACUGAUGCUCGAAGAAUGGAGGUCGAGUGUAAUGAUCCCUCUAUACAAGAACAAAGGCGAUAUCCGGAGUUGCGAACAACUAUAGAGGUAUCAAGUUCGCUAGCCAUACUAUGA